UGCCUUGUUUACAUAUUCAAUUUAGUUGUUGCAUUAUUGAUUGUGAUACUUCUUUGUUAGCAAGAGAGAUAAUUGCAUUGACCAUAUCAUGAUAUCACAGCUGUGGAUGAUGAGAAUUGAGAAGUUUAAGCAGUCCCUUGAGGGUUUUGUUAACUUCUGGUGAAGAUGAGAGCUUGAAUGUGCGACUCUGUUAUGGUUUUCUCAUGCAGCUAUCUUCCUUUUGUUGUUUCGUCAAAAUGCAGCCACCUUCCAUUGGUUUUGAAGUAUGUUGCUUGCAUCUAUGUGGUUAAUUUGCGGCUGCCUUGUUGUCUUCUGAUUUUCUCUUUUGGGAAUUGCAUAACUUGCAUUCCGUGGCCCAAAUGGGCAAUAGUGUCAUAAAAUUGAUCUUACAUCAAAUGGGAAGUUUGGAUGAGGGUAAGGAAAACACGAAUUUAUAUGAGUACUAACUUUUAGCCAUUGAUUAUGCAUAGGAUGGGUAAAAAUAUGUUAAUAGAGUGUGCUUUCCUUGAUCUCUCUCUCUCUCUCUCUCUCUCUCUGAAAGUUUUUAUUAACUUUUUUGACAUAUUGAAGGAACAUAUGCAUUAACAUUGUAAAGCCAAUGAGAUAGUAUCAAAUUGUAGGGUUGUUCCUUGUUCCAUACAGGCCUAGGCCCUCUUAUCUCUUAGUAAGAAGGAAAUUUGAUUGCAUUUUUCAACAGUAAUUGUGGAAAUGAACCAAUUAUGUGAUUUUAGUGCAGUAUAUGAAAAUGGGUUCUGAUUUUUUAUGGAGGGUUCUAUUUGUCUGUCUUUUGGAUCCAUGAUGGGCUGAGUUCAACCAAAGCUUUUCUCCUGCUAUCAUUUGUUUGAUCGCAUGUGGUUUCGGGGCCCUGAUAAAUAUUAGUGCUAGAUAUUUAAGAAAGCAAGAUCGAUAUAACCAUUUGUGGAAGGGGGACGGAAUCAGUUAAAAGAUAACAGAUGGGCUUAUAGAAGGGUCUCCGGUCUUUAAACCUUGUUAAUCGUGGGCAUGCCGAGCGUUCUUGCCCAUUAUUACGCAAAAAGGCUCCGUUGGAGAGGAGUUGAGGGGUGGUGCCCUUUUAUCAAUCUGUAAUGAACCCCGCCUUAUAAUUGACUCGUGAACCAUUGAUCUGACCAUUUUUAUUUUUUAUUUUAUAUUCCUUAUAAUCCCAUUUAUAGUUAUCUUUUCUUGGAUCACAUUAGCAAGCUCCAGAUAAAUAUUUUCUUAAAUUCCAAUAGUUAAUAGUGCAGAAAGUUAUUUCUCAUUGGCGUGGAUAGGGGAGUUGACCCACUAGUAAAUGUUUUGGAGUCUUGCUGUUGGUGGGAUGCAGCGAUCCAUUACGACUCAUGGUCUGUCCUUCAUUUUAUAUAUAUAGAUAAGAUGUGGUUAUUAUAAUUUCAAACUCAAUAAGAGCAAAUGUAAUAAAAAUAUAUUAAUGUGCAAAUUCGCAUGCUAAUUUACAUGUUUUAAUUAAUCAAUUAUAUUCAUAUAAAUAAAUCAAUAAACUUUUCAUAUACAACAUGAUACACAUUAUUAGUUUAUAUAAUCCACUUGCGGAUAAAUUAAAUACAAAAAUUUAGAUAUGGUUGGCCGGGCCCCGCAGAUAACGUUGCCAUUGGAGCAAAAUUUAAACUGGCGGAUUUGCUAUGUGCUUACGUCAACAACAUCAAUGCAAUACAGGAAGGAGGAGCUUACUUUCAUCUAAAUGCAACCAAAAAGCAAAUUUUAUUUGAACCAUCUAAAUUCAUUGCAGCAAGAAUUUAAUUCAGUUACGCAAAUAAGUGCUGUCGAAAUUUCUAUUUCCAUUUCAUUUUUGUGUUAAUUAAGGAUUCGGCUACAGGGAAGAAUAAAAGUACCACUGUUCAACCAUCUUUACACUACAAUAUAUCCGGGAGAGUAGCAAUUCUUUAUAACCAAGCACUUCUCUAGAGUUGCCAUCGUUGACUGUCUCUCUACCUAACUUUUUAAAUUCACAAAUUUGUUGAGAGUUGAGUUUUUCUUGGAAUAAGAAGAUGAUUGUUGCAGUGAUUUCCUUGAUUGUUGCUGUAAAUUUUUUUAUUUUUUGCUUUUAGUUGGUUAAAAGUUAUGGAAGUCCUUGUUUUCAGUGUCUUUUUGUAAAGGAACCAUGUUGAAUGUACUUAAGUUGGUGGGGUAGCUGUUUGCUGUACUUGUAACACUAUCCUCCGUUUUUUGUUUAAAUCAGAAGCUAAAAUAAAUUGUCAAGUGUAUGAACACUUUUAUAGUAAAGCCUCUUUCUCUUCUCAUUUGUAUUUCUCUCUCCAUUUUUUCUCUUUCAUUUUUGAUGUAUCAGAGCUCUUCUUCCUUAAGGGUUGUGAGUCGCAUUUCCUUAUCCUUCCAUUCAAAUGGGUUCAAAUGUCACUUUGCCAGCUCCACUAGUAUUCACGGGGGAGAACUAUGACUAUUGGGCAGUAAGAAUGAAAGCCUAUUUGUUUGCCUAUAAUCUGUGGAGUGUUGUGGAGGAGUAUGUGAGUCGACCACUACCCGAGAAUCCUACCGUGGCACAGUUUAAGCAAGAUGUAGAAGGGUCCAUGAAGAACUUUGAAGCUCUCUCUAUUCUUCAUUCUACUGUGUCUGAAGAUAUAUUUCCAAGGCUGGUUGCUUUCAAAACAGCUAAGAAAGUCUGGGAUUACUUGAAAGAAGAGUAUGCAGGGAGUGCAAAGGUAAGAGGAGUGAAGCUGUUGACACUCAAAAGAGAGUUUGAACUAUUGAAGAUGCAAGAUGGUGAAAGUGUCAAAGAUUACUCUACAAGAGUAUUGAAUCUGGCCUAUCAAAUCAGAUUACUUGGAGGUGACUUUAAGGAUUAAAAAAUAGUUGAGAAGAUGAAAUUAGUCUUCCUGAGAGAUUUGAAUCUAAACUCUUAGUGAUUGAAGAAGCUUGUGACUUAGAGAAGUUGACUGUUGCUGAGUUGAUAAGCAAGUUGCAAGCCCAGGAGCAAAGAGUCUCUAUGAGAAGUGAAGGGAUUGUUGAGAAUGCUUUUCAAGCAAAAGGAAAAUAGGCUACAUCAACUUCAAAGGAGGGUAGUCAAUCCUCAAUUGUGAAGGGCAAGCAGCAGAGCUCAAAAGACUUGUCAAAAAAAAGGAAAGUUUCCUCCCUGUAGUUUAUGCAACAAUGCAAGUCCCUGGCUAACUUUGCUGAGAAUCAAGAGCAGUAAGAAAGUCAUUUGUUCAUGAUGACUCAGAAUCUUCAAGUGUCUGACUAUAACCACUGGUAUAUAGACAGUGGAUGCACCAGUCAUAUGGAAAAGAACCAAAGUUUGUUUUCCAGCAUUGAUACAAGCUACAGAACAAAGGUGAAACUUGGGAAUGGGAUGAUUGUGGAAGCUCAAGGCAAAGGAUCAGUUCCUAUCUUCGCUAGGCAAGGAUCGGACCCGAGGAACCGAGGAGGCCAGCAGUGUUAGCUGUUUCAGAGUCAGCCAGAGGAAGUUUCAAUCAUCUUUCAUGAGCGAGAGAUAUAAAAGUAAUAGCAGCGUUAAGGUCAAGGCAAACGCAGGCGCUGCAUGCAUUUGUUUUCGAACAAGCUUCCUACAGCUUCUUCUCUUUGCCAUCGACUCAACAGCCCAUAGUACCAAGGAUUAUAUAAUAUCAUGUCAUCUCUUUCAGCCCGAGCAGGCAGACAAAAACAACUUUACCAGGAUCAACUUAGGCUUGUAGCUGGGUGCAUUCCUUAUAAACUUGACAAGAACGCUAAGGAAAAGAAGUGUAGAGUGGAGGAUAGUGUACUUAUCCUCAUGAUCUCCACACCAAAUCGUGAGGAUCUUGUGUUUCCAAAGGGUGGGUGGGAAAAUGAUGAGACCCUUGAUCAAGCUGCAUGUCGUGAGGCCUUGGAGGAAGCAGGAGUUACAGGACUUCUUGGUGAAAAACCACUAGGAGUUUGGGAGUUUCGCAGCAAGAGAAGCCAGAAUAGUUGCAGCUUGGUAGGAGGAUGUAAAGGCUAUAUGUUUGCAUUGGAAGUGACUGAAGAGCUUGACAAGUGGCCAGGACAGGCUACUUACAUUAGGAAAUGGCUUAAGACAGAGGAAGCGUUUAAAUUCUGCCGCUAUGACUGGAUGAGGGAAGCUCUUAAAAAUUUUCUGGCAGGCCUCUCCAAGAAUGAUACACAUGAGAAAAAGGAAGAGAGUACUGAAAUGGUAUCUUCAGGUUGCUUUGUAAAACCACCUGGUGAUGUCCAGCACCAUGAACAACCAUCUAUGGAGUCUUGUUUAUUGACCAUCUACAAUCCAAUUGUUAAAACUGUAGGUCAUUUUCCAAUUCUGUGAAGCUUGGACCCUUGUACAGAAUUCUCCAAAUAAACUAAUGGAUAAAUCUCUUGUUCUUUUGUAGAGAAAAUCAUAAUCCCCUUAUUAAGAAUCAAGAAAUUUGGAAGAAGAAGUCAAUUCAAUUGAUUUAUUAAAACACGAGGAAUGUAUUGCUUGUGCUAUUGAAUCUCUUAAUAUUUUUGUUGCUGUAUUUAUUUAGUUAUUAUAACUG